AUGUCAAAAUCACAGCGAGACGAUGAGAACUCUGGAACAUCUGAAGCAAGCACACCAAGCUCCGAUGCUGCCAUUGAACCAGUAGAUGUUCUUCGUCAGUUUACUGAUGUUAUGGCCAACUUUUUGGAGACAUCACAUCAUCGUCCAAGCAAUGCCAGCAUCGGAUCUGAAGCCUUGCCCGAUUUUGAUCCAAGUAAGCCAGAUUUUUCUAGCGAAAAGUGGUGUAAGAAGGUAGAUGAGUGUAAAGCUGUAUUUCAUUGGACAGAGGAGUCUACUAUCUUCUUUGCAAUUAGAAAAUUCAAGGGGAUGGCUAAUCUUUGGUACAAAAGCUUGCCAACUAUGAUGCUAACAUGGCAGGAGUGGAAAACAAAACUACAGGCGGCAUUUCCAAGUCAGACCGAUUACCAUGCACUGUUGCAACGUAUGAUGGCUCGUGUAAAGAAACCAGAAGAAAACUAUACUACUUAUUACUAUUGUAAAUUGUCCUUAUUGAAUGAGUUAGAAAUAACAGCUUUUGGAGUUUCUACUGGUGGAAUAGGUGAUAUGAAGCUGGGAAAGCUUGACUCGCAACCUUUUAAUACAUGGAAGCAUGCAAAGGAGACGUCCCGAAAACAUGAGAACAAUAACUACCAUAAAAAAUCCAUUUUGGGUAUCGAAUACCUACGCGAUAUUGAGCUUGGAAAAAGUAAAUCAAUUGAUCUGCAAAUUGACCUCCAAACAGGAAAAACCAGAAGCACAAUUCUUUUGUGUGGACGACAAGGAAUCGUUAUUCGUGGUCAUAGAGAUGACAAAACUUUGUUUCAAGAUGAACCUAACACCAAAAACGAUAAAAAAGGAAAAAUGAACGAAGAAAUAUUGGAGUGUUCAGAGGAAAAUUUCACGUCAGAAGUUAAAAUGUGGAGACAACGAAUCCAUGAUCAGAACAUCAAAAAUGCACUUGAUGCUUUAUCAUUAAUUAACAGCGAGACAUGUGAAUGUGAAAAAUUUAAAUACAGUCCUGAGAGUUUUAGCAGUAUUGCCUGUAACGACAACACGGAACGAUAA